AUGACGUUGUUGAAAGAUGCUUCAGACCUUUAUCUACCAGCUCCGAGCGCAGAGUCCUUAACAGCAAUCGCUCAAGCGAUGGGUGCGGCCGGCUUCGAAGACUACACCGAAGGCAAGGCGCUCGUCAAACGACUGAUUCCCGCUGACAGCCAGCCUGAUUUAGACGUCGUUGAACAUUUGGGAGUUAUUGGCAAGGUCGGUGUUGAUUUCCCUGCUCUACCCAACAUCCCAAUUACUGGGUUUAAUUGCAAGAACGUGCCUACUGGAUAUUACGCCGAUUUGGAGACUGAUUGUCAGGUGUUCCAUAUCUGUGACACGUCCCGAAAGAUAUCCUUCCUAUGUCCAAAUGGCACCAUCUUCAGCCAGUCGCAUCUCAUCUGUGACUGGUGGUUCAAGGUGGAUUGUGCAUCUGCCCCCGCCCUUUACGAGUCCAGCGUAGAGUAUUAUUCCAACGAACAAAAGAAGUCACAGAGAGUCAGUCACACUCUCAGCAAGAAUCCUGAUCUUCAACAAAUCGGAGCUGAUAGCCAUCUUCGCUCAGAAUCUAGGAGAACCCCUGUUCCUAGCACUACGGAAAGAUUAUUAAGACAUCGUCAGAAACUUCAAACCGAUACUUUACCAUCAAGUGCACCGAACACUAAAGCCACAGCACGAAGCUUUCAAACACUGUUCGAAGUAAACCCAACUCAGAGAAUCCAACCUGCUACUGCAUUCGAGAAAAGAAGAAAAAAUAUUGUACAAUUAAUUACUAACAACUUUGAUGGGAUUCCAUUAAAGACGACUUUGCCGGUCUACGACAGUUCUACGCUCAAAAGUAAUAUUCCUGCAUAUGAUCACAACAGUCUAAAAGAGAUGCAAGUGGCAGCAGAAACGGCUUCGUUCGUCCAAAAUCAGAAUAGACAACUUCUUCAAGAAUAUAACGCGAAAAACUUCAGACCGUACCCAGUUUAUACUCCAAAUAUUACACCCAAGCCCGCAAAAUCUAAGAAUAAUCCUUCUUUAACCACUCUUUAUGACAUUCAAGCACCUGCAGAAAAACAUAUAACCCAGUACCUGCAGGAAGCGACAACAAAGCGGCAAACAUUAGUCCCAUAUACUAAAAGUUAUGCUACCACCAUUAACGAAAGAAACGAGCCAUACACAAGGCCAGGGGUAUCGUUACUUAGAGAUUUUCUAGAAAAGGAAAAAAAUAAAUCAAUAUCCGCAACAACUGAAAAGAUAUUUGAAGCAACAGCUCGUAGUGAUAAAUACGAAAGCCAAACCAUUCCUGGCAGAAAAGUGACUAUUGAAACCAAAGAUAGUUAUGAAUCCGCAACUUGGAUUCCACAAUCGACUAGAAGUGAUAAAACUGAAACUGCAUUUUCUGACAGCGAAGUAAAUUCGAGCCUCAAUCCAACAACUCAAGAAACAACUGAAGCAUCUUAUAAAGAACGUCGAGAUAGACUUAUGAGAAAACUUAACUUUGAAGCGAGUGAAACUACCGAACCUGCUGUACCCACUACACCCACUGACAAAUAUUUCGGAGAUCAACCCAAUAGAGCUGGGCUAUUCGUUCCUCCUUCAUUAACACCUAAAACUCUACAUUCUUUGGCCAUUUACUAUGCCACAGCUUUAGACAAUUUAUCAACAACCACUCCUCCUGAAGAAGGCGAAACGACUACCCCAGCAUUUGAUGAAUACGAGCCAAUCGAACAAAGUUUACCAGCACUAUUCAGUCAUCAGACUAUCACCAAAUAUGGUAGUCUUUUUGGACAUGGUUCUAAUAAUGCUGAACUCUUGGAAGAAAUUAAGCUUGAUCCGAAUGGUACUUUCAACGAACUGGCCGAAGAUCUAUCAGUACAAAUGAGUCAGGGUCCUUUGGCUACGUCUCCUCAAAUAAGGGAACUAGCUCAAGUAUUCACGCAUGCUCUCUCGGCCUAUCUUCAAGAUCCAGUACAGUUUAGAAAAGUUCUUUCAGACAUAAGACCAACACAACCUUCAUUUGUUGACAUGUUGACAACCAGUGAUGAACUUUCUCAUACUGAACCAACGACUACAGUUAACGAAGAAGACGAUGAGAUAUUAGGAUUUUCGGAUGACCACAAAGUACGUGAAUCAGAAAACUCUGUCAGAGGAGGUAAAGCUCUUAACCUUGAAAUCGAUUAUCCCACUACGACAGAGGAAACAACUACCACAGCUAAACCUACAACAGAAGCUUUUUCUACAUAUUCAACAACGACGCCCAGAAAUCCAUUCAGAUGUUGUGGAAGAAUAUCUGCUUCGUACACUACUGCACCAACACCUAGAGAUAUUUAUUCUACUUUAUACCCAUACACUCAUACGGCAGUUGUAAAUAUAAAUUCAUUGAUAAACACCAACAAUGAAGUAACUCCCACCUCAGACAGCAUGACUUUAUUUAGGCAUGGCUCCGGGAAACCAAAUAGCAAUAUUAUAUCUUCUUUUGGAAAGACUAUUAGCACUUCUGAGGUCACGCCUUUCAAUGACUUCUCAGAAGUGACUACUGUUCCUACAGCUUGGGGCGUCGACAGCGUUGAUUCUACAUUAUCUCCAAUUACUAACUCACAUCAACUUUUUGAGAGUAAAAAACUUAGAGCAACGACUGCCAUACCCGAAAGUACACCACUAUAUUUUACUGAAACUGAUAGCAUCGAAUUAGAAAAUGAAGAAGAACUACAAAGAGCUCACAGUCAAUCAUUUGUGUCGCCUCAAAAUAAUAAUCUACGUCAAGGAAAACAACUUAAACAAGAUAAUAAAAAGACGGUUAGGAAGCCUUCUGAAGAUUUAGAGGCACCUUCACAAUCUACUGCUACAGACACUACCACAACAGUACAAAUCACAACGCAAGCAACUACGACUCUUAAAGAGCAAACUGAAGCUUUAACCACAGUGAGUCCUCUAUCCAGUAGUAUAUUUACCUCGCCUGACAGUGAUAAGUCAACAAACGAUUUCCAAUGGCAGACUACGUUUGGAAAUUGGCAAAGUACAAUUCUCGAUCCCAUGACGUUGAACGAUGGUCUCAGUCCUACUGGCCCUGAACAGAGUGUCUCUGAACAGACCCAGCAAACUACCGAAUCGACUUCAAACAUCGCUACAACUCCCUCAGCCGUUUCUACAACGAACGAACCUAUUUUUUCAUCGACAGUAAAUGUAGAAGUAACAACACCUAGCAACGACCAAAAUGAACGUUUCGGUAAAUUCCUUCGAGAUUCGACGUCCACUGAGCCCGCGCUAGAUUUUUCAACGGUGACCGACACAAUCGUAGAAAAGGCUAAAGAAAUUAUGGAAGGUAUGAAUGCAACUACUACGCAAAAACUAAUGAACGUGAUGAAGAAAACCAAAUCUAAAACAGUAAAACGAUUAAUACUACUAUUAGUACAGACUUGCGAUGACGAUCAUAACUCAACCGCUGAAGCCUCCAAAAAGGCUUUAUUAGAAGCUCUCAUGGCUGUCUCUCAAAAAGACAUGGAGGAAAUUGCUAAAGAAGAGGACUUGACCGAAGCGCCAUCAACUGUUUCGGAUGUAGAUUAUGUUAAAACGACAGAAAUCCAUCGCCGAAUGGACCGAAUGCCAGUGCAAAGACGAGGCAAAAAAUUAAACAUCGAAGCUGACGCCAUAAAUUCUCUAUCAAAUCCAUCGACAACGGAAAGUCUGAUGACUGAUGAGACGACAGAAUUAGCAACAAUCAGUACAGUGAAGACGACAACGCCCAGUCGCAGAGGCGGUAGGAAAUUUUUAGCUAAAACAACAGAAUCAGAUCAAUUUAGAACGACGAUAACCUACCGACCGAUCGCAGAAGCGAGAGUCGCCCCACAAGGGGAUUUGAAAGUGCAAUCAGAUACAAGAGCAUUAGAAUUAUUAAGGUCCUUAUACACUAUCGCAGCACGAUGGGGAUAAAUU